AUGGCGCUGCGGCCGGGACCAGGGGGAGCUGGCAGCUUUAUGUAUCCCGUUGGAGGGGGCCUGGGACCUCCACAAGGCAUGAUGCCCAUGCAGCCUCAGCAGCAGCAGCAGGGCUUCCCCAUGGUGCCGGUCAUGCAGCCCAACAUGCAGGGGAUGAUGGGAAUGAACUUCGGUGCCCAGAUGCCCCCAGGUGCCAUUCCUAUGCAGGGCGGGAUGGCCAUGGGGAUGCAGGCCCCUGCGAUGCAGUUCAUGGGACAGCCCCAGUUCAUGGGAAUGAGGACCCCACGGCCGCAGUACACGGCGGACAUGCAGAAGCAGAUCGCCGAAGAGCACCAGAAGCGGCUGGAACAGCAGCAGCGCAUGCUGGAGGAGGACCGCAAGAGGAGGCAGUUUGAGGAGCAGAAGCAGAAGCUGCGUCUCCUGAGCAGCAUCAAGCCCAAGGCGGGCGAGAAGAGCCGGGACGACGCCCUGGAGGCCAUCAAGGGAAACCUGGACGGUUUCAGCAGAGACGCAAAGAUGCACCCCACACCAUCCUCGCACCCCAAGAAACCAGACUCAUCGCCAUCCCACUCUUCUGUCGCCUUUUGCUCCCCCCCGCCCACUUUCCCUGAGGAUAAUGACGAGUUUAGUGACUUUGUGCAGGGUCCCGUCGAAGCCCCUCCCCCCUUCCCCUCCCCCUCGCCUCUUCCCCCUGCUCAGCUCCUGGCCCCGCCCGUCCAAGGGGGGUCAGACGGGCAGUCUUUAAACACAGGCCCUGGGCAGCCGCCUCCCCCUGCUCCCCUCCCACAGUCCCUCCCACAAUCCCUCCCUCACUCUCUGCCAAUCACCACAGCACCCCAACACUCCACUGUCACGUCCAGCCCACAGCCUGGAUACAAAGGCCCGUCCCUAGAAGAGAAGCUCUUCUCCUCCUGUGAUUUAACAGCCAGCAAGCAGGCGCAGGUUAGCUUUACCUCCCGCCAGCCUUUGUCUGAGAUGGGGUCCAGGGCUCAGGUGGCAGUCCAGUUUAACCCCAGCCCCCGAGCCCGAAACUGGGCCGCCGCCCCCAAGGACCUGAGCACCGCGUUCGCCAUGGAAACACGACCCCAGACCCCUCCGCCGUCAGACGACACCCCCCUGCCGGCCGCUGGCAGCAGUGGUGUUGGAGUCUUCCCUCAGCAAGAGCACAUCCAGCCCAUGAUGCCCGCCUGGCUGUACAAUGACAGCCUUGUCCCAGAGCUCUUCAAGAAGGUGCUGGAGGUCACUAUGACUCCAGCGGGCAUCGACACGGCCAAGCUCUACCCCAUCCUGAUGUCAUCCGGCCUGCCGAGGGAGACGCUGGGCCAGAUCUGGGCCUCGGCCAAUCGCACCACCCCUGGCAAGCUGACCAAGGAGGAGCUAUACACUGUGCUGGCCAUGAUUGGCGUGACACAGAGCGGUCUUCCAGCCAUGAGUCUGGACAUCCUGAGCCAGUUCUCCUCCCCUCCCGUGCCCAACCUGCCCGCCCUGGCCAUGGCCAUGCCCCCCGUCCUGCCCCAGCACCAGCAGCCCAUGAUGGCCCAGCCGCCCGCCUCCAUGGCCGUGCCCCCGGCCCCGCCCGCCGUCAUCAGCAUGGCCCCCAGCACCAGCGCCCCGCCCGCCAGCAGCUUCGUCGCCAGCUUCCCCCCCGUUCAGGGCAGCAAACCCGACGACGACGAUUUCCAGGAUUUCCAGGAGGCCCCCAAGGCCGGGGCCGGCGAUGACUCCUUUACUGACUUCCAGGGGGAAUCGGGCAGCAGCUUCCCAAGCACUGCGCCCUCCCAUGGCCAGACCAGUGCUCCUCCAAUGCUGACUCCAGUGUCUGGGUCUUCGUCCUCGGACAAGUACGCCGUGUUCAAGCAGCUGUCGGUAGAGCAGCCCGCAGACACCACGGCCCCCGUCUCAGAUUUUGCAGACAAAUACAGUGUCUUCAGACAGCUGGAGCAGCCCGCUGAUAGGAAGCCAGCAGGUGAAGGCUUUGCAGAUUUUAAGUCUGCCAGCGCCGAUGACGGUUUCACGGACUUUAAAACCGCCGACAGCAUCUCUCCGCUGGAGCCUCCGGACCAGGCCAAGAUGUUCCAGCCGGCCUUCCCCCCCACCUUCCCCCUCUCUCAGCCCCUGCAGCAACAGCCCGGCUCAGCCACCCUCCCCCAGCGCAAAAACCCUCUCAACAUGGCAGACUUGGACCUCUUUUCCUCUCUGGCACCUUCCGGUCCCGCCGCAGACACCAGACCCUCGCCUUUUCCCUCCACCCCCCCAUCUCUGGCAGCCCCUCCUGUGGUAUCCAAGCCCUCGGCGAGAGGGGCCGACGAUUUCGGCGACUUUGCUCUCUUCGGCUCCUCCGCCUCGUCCUCCUCUGCAGCAGGGCCCCCUGGUGGUGUAGGAGCAGGUGGCGGGGCGGCCCAGGAUGAUUUUGCGGACUUCAUGGCGUUUGGGAGCUCUGGGGAGCCCAAAGCUGACGCCGGCUCCGCCGAGGGCAGCUCGGGGCUGGGAGAGACGCUGGCCCAGCAGCAGCACGCCUCCGACAAAUACAACGUCUUCAAGCAGCUCUCAGCAGAGGAGAGCCUGGGCUAUGACGACGCCAAGGAGAGCGGCUCCUUCCCCUCCCUGAAGGGCGACGCCGACGACUUCGCCGACUUCCAGUCCUCCAAGUUCUGCACCGCGCUGGGCGCCUCGGAGAAGAGCCUGGCGGACAAGGUGGCCGUCUUCAAGCAGGCCAAGGAGGACUCGGCCUCAGUGAAGUCGCUGGACCUCCCGUCCAUCGGGGGCAGCAGCGCGGGGAAGGAGGACUCGGAAGACGCACUCUCAGUGCAGCUGGACAUGAAGCUGUCGGAUGUGGGCGGGGACCUGAAGCACGUGAUGUCGGACAGCUCCCUGGACCUGCCCGUCAUCUCCGCCCACCAGCCGCCUGCCGCAGAGGCUGAUGACUUGAAGUUCGACCCCUUCGGUACGUCCACAGUGAGCAGUCUGGCUAGCUUUGAUUGGUCGGACAAGGAGGACUCCUCGGCCAAUCAGGGCAAGAAGGCACAGGUAGGGGCAUUGGCUACGGAUGGGGAUGGCCUGCCUUCCUCGGCCCUUGUGCACCGGAAGGAGACCUCCUUCGGAAGCUCGGAGAACAUUACCCACACCACCUUGGCCAAGGUCACCACAUUCCCCAUACAGGACGGCCCCUCCGGGGAUGCCACCUUUGAGGCCUUUGCCAACUUUGGGUCGUCUGAGGAAGCGGUCGCCAACGAGGACGAUGACUUCGGGGAUUUCGCCUGCACUGUAUCAGAGAAAUCAGAUCCCCAUCCAAGCAAAGCUGACCCAGGCACUGAGAGUAUACAGAGUGAAGGUGCCGAUGAGUUUGGGGCCUUCCAGGGGGAGAAACCUAAAUUUGGCAAAUUUGACUUCCUCAAGGCCAGCUCACAGGCGAAGGUAAAGUCCAGUGAAGAGAUGAUCAAGAGUGAGCUGGCAACCUUUGACCUCUCCAUGCAAGGCUCGCACAGGCGCAGCCACAGUCUGGGGGACAAAGAGAUUGCACGCUCCACCCCCUCCCCCGCCUUCGAGCAGCCCUUCCGCGACCGCUCCAACACCCUCAACGAGAAGCCCGCACUGCCCGUAAUCCGCGACAAGUACAAGGACCUGACCGGAGAGGUCGAGGAGAGCGAGCGGUAUGCGUACGAGUGGCAGAGGUGUUUGGAGAGCGCCCUGCAGGUCAUCAGCACGGCCAACAACACCCUGAACGGCAUCAGCAGCUCAGCCAUCUGCACCGAGGUGAUCCAGUCUGCGCAAGGCAUGGAGUACCUGCUGGGCGUGGUGGAGGUGUACCGUGUCACCAAGCGUGUGGAGCUGGGGAUUAAGGCCACUGCUGUGUGCUCAGAGAAACUGCAGGAGCUGCUGAAGGAUAUCAGCCGUGUGUGGAACAACCUGAUGGGCUUCAUGUCCCUGGCCAGCCUGACCCCCGAUGAGAACUCCCUGGACUUCUCCUCCUGCAUCCUGAGGCACGGCAUCAAGAAUGCCAAGGAGCUGGCCUGCGGAGUGUGCCUGCUCAACGUGGACUCGCGCAGCAAGAGGAAGGACGAAAAGCCCGGACGUCUCUUUAAAAACGCUCUGGCAAAACGCACUGGAAAGAGGUUAAGGGCUUUUAACUCGGAGACGGACAACUUCAAGCUGACGUACGGGGGCCACCAGUACCAUGCCAGCUGUGCCAAUUUCUGGAUCAACUGCGUGGAGCCCAAACCGCCGGGCCUUAUCUUACCUGACCUGCUCUGAGAGCCCUGAACUGCUGAUGCGGCCAGGGGCACCGGGUAAUCAAACCGCUGUGUCCUGGCCUUGUCCUUGCAAACCUCACACACUGAAUAACCACUGAAAAUCAUGUUAGUUCCUGUCCUUUACCUCUCAGAGAUCUCCUGUCUUCAAAAAAGACCAUAAUCAACCACGUCUGCUCGUUUGUUCAAAUACAAGGCUUAGCAUCAUUAUGUAUUAUAGUGUAAUAUUAUUGUAAUGUAAUGAUUUAUAUAUGAAGGUACAGAUAUAUGUCAUGUAAAUGGUGUCAUUCUUUGACUUGCUGCCAUAGACUGCUGAAGAAUACAGGUCUGCGGUCAGCCUCACAAGGUGCAUUAACUUCAUGGCAGUAUCUGCCAGCGGUCAGUUACUGAGCUGCCAAAAUGGCCAGAACAAUGUGGAGAACGCCCUGAAUAGCUGAAACGGAGGACACGGUGUACCUUGAGUCGGUUGAGAGGACAAUACUUGAAGCAUGCCCUAAAUGAUGACAAGAAGAUGAAGGACUGGCCUUUCAAAGGAACAGGAGCUUUGACCACAAGGAAAACUUUUUCUUUCUGCCUCAAAAUCAAAAUAAAAAUGUCUGUAAUCCGUGGAAUAACACUGAUUGUCUGUGAAUAGUGGAGUGGAUAUGGGUGAGAAGGCUGACUAACCUUGAGACAAAAAGCAAUGUAGAGCACACUAAUAACUCCGACGCAUUUGUACUCGGUUGCGCAGUUUAUUGAUUCACGGGAACGGUUGCAGCUAAAGUUAUUUGCUGCUUAUGGAUUGAAAAUUAUUUCAGAGACCACUGUGUUAAUUUGAACUCGUAAUGCUUUGUAUGAAAUUGAAACACAACACUUGCAUAAUUUUGUUCAUUAAAGAUAAGGAUAAACACUUUGCGGCCAGAUUGUUUUUAAGUUUAAGUCUUUGCAAGGUACUUAAAUAUCCUAAAGUUUGAUUUGUUUUCUACUUGCUUCCUAUUUAUUUUAUCAGAGCAAUAACAACAUACUGGUGGAAUUUCUUCUUUUUUCACAUAUUCCACAGCUGUUCACAUUUUAAUUGAGCUGCAGCAUAUUUUGAGUGUCUUUUAAAUGAUUUUGUGCAGUUCUUUGUGAUCUGCGGUUAUGAGGUAUUUUAAGAAUGUUGUGGAUAUUUAAAAGGGAGUCUGCUUUUUUGAUGUCUGUCUGCCUUUUUGUCUCACAGUGCCAGUGUUCAUACUGCUUUUAAUGGGGAUGAAUUUGGGUAUGAACGUAGUUGUAUUGAUUGUAGCAUGAUUAAGAAUUCCAAUGUGUCGGCACUUUGACUGUGGAUUGCAUUUAUAUGUGAAAGUAUUUUAAAUGUAAUGAUUGUGGAGU